AUGUCGCAAGUUUCAGAUCUCUGCAACUUAGAUCUUACCCAAAUCACUGACAAGAUUAUUGCCGAAUACAUAUGGAUCGGUGGGUCUGGUACGGACAUACCCCUAAAGGCCAGGACAAUCAAUAAACCUGUUACUGACCCUGCAAAGUUACCAAAGUGGAAUUUCGACGGUUCGAGCACUGGUCAAGCAGUUGGACAAGACAGUGAAGUCAUCUUAUAUCCUCAGGCAGUGUACAAGGAUCCAUUCAGUAGAGGCAACAACAUCCUUGUGUUAUGUGAUGCUUAUACUCCAUCUGGGGAACCUAUUCCCACUAACAAGAGGCACAAUGCUGCCAAGGUUUUUAACCAUCCUGAUGUAGCUGUUGAGGAACUCUGGUAUGGAAUAGAGCAAGAGUACACUUUAUUGCAGAAAGAUGUGAAUUGGCCAUUAGGUUGGCCUAUUGGUGGCUUUCCUGCACCUCAGGGACCUUACUACUGUGGUGCUGGUGCAAACAAAGCGUUUGGCCGUGACAUAGUCGAUGCCCACUACAAAGCGUGUCUUUUUGCUGGAAUCAAUAAUAGUGGUAUUAAUGGAGAAGUGAUGCCUGGCCAGUGGGAGUUUCAAGUUGGUCCAUUAGUGGGUAUUGAUGCUGCUGACCAAUUAUGGGUAGCCCGUUACAUUUUGGAGAGAAUCACUGAGAUAGCUGGUGUGGUGCUUUCUUUUGAUCCUAAGCCUAUCCAGGGAGAGUGGAAUGGAGCUGGUGCACAUACAAACUAUAGCACAAAAUCUAUGAGAAGUGACGGAGGAAUUGAUGUGAUUAAAAAGGCCAUGGAAAAGCUUGGUUUGAGGCACAAAGAGCACAUUGCUGCCUAUGGAGAAGGCAAUGAACGUCGUCUAACAGGAAAACACGAGACAGCUGACAUCAACACCUUCUCAUGGGGUGUGGCAAAUCGUGGAGCGUCAAUUAGAAUUGGUAGGGAUACGGAGAAGGCGGGCAAAGGGUAUUUUGAGGACAGGAGGCCAACUUCGAAUAUGGAUCCUUAUGUUGUCACCUCCAUGAUUGCGGAGACUACCAUCCUUUGGAAACCCUAAUUGUUAGGAGUUGAUGAUAUUGUGUAGUAUGGUAUGUUUAUUUGGUCAUGAUGAUGAUACAUUUUCUAAUGCUUGUAUGUUUUGCUUUUGGCUUUGUUUUCAAAUGACACUAAUAGUUAGUUCAUG